GGGUCGCGGCAGCCGGCAACCGGUUGGCGGCAGUAUUUUACCGAUUUUCGAUCCGUAAACAACCCUCGCGAUGUCAACUCACCCCGCACUAAUUGUCUCUGGCACUCGCGCCAGCGUUACGUAGACUUAGCGCGCGAUCUCCGUUUUGUUAGUACUUUAUUUUUCUUUUCAUUUUCCAACUUCAAGAAUGGUUUCGAGAUCUCGUGGGGGCCACGUGUUGGUUUGGGAACAGCCUGGCUUGGAGGACCAACGCUCAGGGGGAUAUAAAGGCGGCCUCGGUACCAGACACUGGGUGACGUUUAUGCUGUUUCUGGGCAUGGCCAACGCGUAUGUGAUGCGCACCAACAUGUCGGUGGCGAUCGUGGCUAUGGUCAACCACACGGCGUUGCCCGUGCACAAGGAAGCCGUCGACACAGAGUGCGGAGACUUGGACGGAAAUGCCACAAAGGUGGAGUCCCAAGAUGGCACCUUCGUGUGGUCCUCCACGCUGCAGGGUUACAUCCUGUCCUCGUUCUUCUACGGCUACGUCCUCACUCAGAUCCCGUUCGGAAUUCUUUCCAAAAGGUUCGGCGCCCGGCUGUUCCUCGGAGUGGGAAUGCUGAUCAAUUCGGUGUUUGGUCUGCUGGUGCCAGUGGCGGCUGAGGCAGGCUACCCCUGGCUCAUCCUCGUCAGGUUCAUCCAAGGUCUUGGAGAGGGUCCCAUAGUGCCUUGUUCCCACGCCAUGCUUGCCAAGUGGAUACCGCCCAACGAGAGAAGUCGGAUGGGAGCAGCUGUAUAUGCUGGCGCACAAUUCGGCACGGUGAUAUCCAUGCCUCUGUCGGGUCUGUUGUCGGCGUACGGGUUCGCGGGCGGGUGGCCUUCCAUCUUCUACGUGUUCGGCCUCGUCGGCACGGUCUGGUGCGUGGCCUUCCUUCUCUUCGUGUCGGAAGACCCCGAACACUGUCCCAGCAUCAAGGAGGCGGAGAAGAAAUACAUUCUCAACUCGCUGUGGGGAGCUGCUGGAUCAAGUUCACCUCCGAUACCGUGGAGUAAGAUUCUACUGUCUAUGCCGUUCUGGGCAAUAAUGUUGGCUCACAUGGGACAGAACUACGGCUACGAGACGUUGAUGACGGAGCUGCCAACAUUCAUGCGACAAGUGCUGCACUUCUCUAUCAAGGAUAACGGUUUCGUGUCCGCGUUGCCGUACCUCUGCAUGUGGCUGUUCUCCAUGUUCAUCUCGGUGGUGGCGGACUGGAUGCUGUCCAGCGGCCGCUUCAACCACACGCAAGUCAGGAAGAUCAUCAACAGUAUCGGUGAAUACGGUCCAGCGAUUGGUCUGUUCAUAGCAGCCAACACAGGCUGUAACCCCGCGGCCACAGUCGCCAUCCUGGCCGUCGGUGUCGGGCUCAACGGCGGUAUCUACUCCGGUUUCAAGGUGAACCACUUGGAUAUAUCACCACGUUUUGCCGGUAUCCUGAUGGCGUUCACCAACUGCCUCGCCAACUUGACGGGACUGCUCGCCCCCAUCGUCGCCGGCUACAUCAUAGAAGGAAGGCCAACUCAAGCUCAAUGGAAGAAAGUAUUUUACAUUGCGGGCGGUGUGUACAUCUUCUGUGCGACAUUCUACAACGUAUUCGGUUCCGGAAGACGGCAGGAGUGGGACAACCCCGCAGAUGACGCCGCAAACGCAAAAAAGAUCGCCGACAAAAAAGCGAUGAAGUUGGAAAAGAAAGUUGCGAAAAGUGAGAACACAGCGGAGACCGCGCAGUAGGGUAUGUUAGCUCGGCGAACACAACUGACAACACUGAUGACUCAGUCAGCUUGAAUUGACAACCAAAGAGAAAAUAAAAUGUUUUGGGGUUACAAAUAAAAAAAGUCUGACGUAUUUAUUUUUUUAUUAUACUUACAGUUACAGGUAAAAGGGAAGCAAGAUUUGCAAUUAUUGAUAUUAAUAAAAACUGGGAAAUGUGUGCCUUCAACUUUGACAUGUUAAUUUUUAAUCCGUAUUAUAAUGCUUCUAUAGUUAGAUUUUAUUUUUAGUUGUGUUCGCAUUGAGCGUAGUUACCUACAAUGAUACGAGUUUCAAAAUUAGAGCUUUUAGGUGUGACUGUUAGCAGUUUCAAUUUAUAAAUCUUCUUGAUUUUUCUUCUUCCAUAGUGGAUCAAAAAUUCGACAAUUUUUCGUAGAAAUGUACUAGAUACAAACAAAAGAAUUUACUCAAUAAUUAUUGCAGCAUAAAAAAACACAUAAGUACACGUACCUGUGUAGAAUGUUACGGACUCGACCAAUAACCAUUUGAAAUAGAAUGUAAUGUUUUCAUCAACAGAAUUGUAAUAUACAAACUGAGAAUUGAAUUCCCUAGUAUAUUUUAAAUAAAGUUCGGAAAUUAUAAUUAUUCAUGUGCAAUGUCUAUACAAAGAGAGUCGAAUUAGAUUUGCAUUGUGGUCCUGUUUGCAUACAGUCCUAAACCUGGGUCAGUGUAUUUUGUAAGUACAAAAUGCACGGGAGACGCACAUCAACAAGGCUGUGAUAUUAUCUUGUGUAGAGGUUUGAGCUCGUAUCAUGCAGUUGUAAUGUUAUUUAUUAAAACAACAAUAAUUUAAGUACCAUACAAGUAUUGUUAGGGUGUGGUUCCAUUGAAGUUAAGAAAUAGACCAAUAGUGUUGUAUAGCUGACUUAACAUUAAAAAGCUUGAAAUAAAACGUCUUGUAUGUUAAUAACAUGAUAUGAAACUGAUGAUUUAUUUGUAAGAAAAUUAAUUCAACACAAAUUUUCAAGAGUUCAACAGUUUCUCUUAAAUAGGCAUGUUAAUUAAUAUCUACUAAAAUUAAAGAAAAAUAAAAUGUUGUCUUCGACUAAUUAAUAAUCAUUGUCCAAACAAUUCAAAUAAAUAUUAAAGAAAAGGAUACGAUGACAAAAUUAUAUAUACCUACAUAAUAUUUUAUUCUUGCCGCCAUGUUUGUUUCUGUUAGCGGGAUUUGACAAUGUGUCAUUUGAGUUGAAAGUUGUGUUUGUCAAUUGUCAAGUAUUUUAAAAUCCUUAUGAUUUAGUGACAUAAAUAAUUAUUUGUUAAAUUAUAAGGGACAUAAAUAAAAAAAUAUUAGUUAAAGAUCUCAGUCUGUCAGAUGACUUUUAAAUUAAACAAUCCUAUUGGUCUGUUUCUGUAUUCUUGGAGUAGCACAAUAGUAAUAGAGAUGAAUGAGAGGUUAAGUGACAAUGGGUCCAAAUGUAUGUUACCGUCCGUGCCAGUGAUUAUAAAGUUCUGGCGUUAAAUUUCAUUAAAUCUGCCGUGCCAUUGCUGAAUAUAGAUACCUUGUUGGCAGAUACUCGAAUACUUCCUACUAUUUUUUAUAAAAAUAACCCUAUGUAUUGAAAUUUAAAUUAUAAAUAUGUCAAAUCUGUUUUAUUAGUCUCCGUAAAAAUGUUAUGAUAAUCUAUUUACAGAAAUUAUUAUAUAUUAACUCAAUAAUAUCCUUGAAUAAAAUUUAGACACCACUAUAGUCUUGUUGUAUUGCUUUUAUUGGUUUCGUAGCAAAAUAUAUUAUUUUAGUUAAUUAAAUGUAUGGCAGGCUAUAAUACGUAUUCAUGCAUUCUUUGUGAGACUAUUAAACGUGGAAAUAGUUCCUAGUUACUGACAUACUUAUCGCUAAAGGACAACUCCAGAUAUCCACAGGUAUAAAAAGUUAUAAAGAUUUAAUAAGAGAGCUUCGGUUUGAAGUUUUCGAUUUUCGAAAAUGUGCGUCUAGUCGACGUUGUUACGGUGAUGGAAAAUAUAAAAGUACUCACACCUGCGAAGAAGUUCAAAGGUAAGUUUUCAGUUAACCAACUCGCACCAUGCGGGCGUGGUAGACUACAAACUACAGGCUCAACAGGGCUUAAACCCAGGUCGUUUUUACGCAAAAUAGACGAACCUACAUAUACUACCUUUUCCUAGCCAUAAAUCGCAAUGUUAUUUUCGAAUUCUUUUCAUUUUAAAGGUACCGUCUGAAAUUUCAAUCUGAAGUUGUCCUUUGGUUUAAAGUUUAAAUCAUCAUAGAAUUCUUGACAGUGGUUUCUGGUGUGGUUAUUUUAAAAGUACCCUCAAAAAACGGCAGACAUUAUUUCUAUGUGAUAAGUACCUAUCGUAUAAUAUUAAUGAGCUUGAGAUAAAAUCAAUGAGCUUGUAUUUAUGAUGUUAAUAACUGCGACAAAGUUGUGGGUUUUAUAAUAUUAUGUGUAUUUAUUUAAAUUCCACAGCAGAGACAGAAAGUUUGACAUUCUUAUAGCAAAUUAAACUUAUAUUAAAAAUGCUAAUCGACCUCAUAAUUGUGUAUGUCUCUUUUUUGUGAUUUUUUUGCUUAUUUAAAAAGUAAAGUUAAAUUAUUUCAAAAUAAUCUGUCUGUUGUGGAGAAACUAUUUGCUGUAAAAUUUUAUGUGUAUACAUAUAUAUGUGGACAAAAUAAUUAAUAUAUAAAUAUAGAACUUUUUACAAUGUACAAUAAUUUUACUCUUGAAUUUUCCAAUAAAUGAAUCCAAGUUUA